AUGUCCCGUCGGAAACAGACCACCCCCAACAAAGUGCGCUGGAGGCACGUCUUUGCCGGCUUGGAGGAGCGCACGCGGCAGGCCAUGAUGCGGAGGGACUUCCCCGGCCUGCUUGGGGAGCAGCAGCCGUUCCGAGAGCAGGACUCCAGCAGCAGUGACAGCGAGGGGGACGAAGAGACGACCCAAGACGAGGUCUCCUCCCCUGCAUCGGAGGAAGACAGUGCGCUGGCACAAGUGAAGCAGGAGCUGGAGCCGGAUGAGCCGCUGGGCUCCCCCACGCGGGGGACUCUGGACCAGGAGGCAAGUUUGGAUUUGCAUGUGAACCCAGAUGCCCUGACGCGGGGACUCUCUCGCUGUCCCCUCUGCCAGCUGGAAUGCGGGAGCCGGGAGCACCUCGUCACUCAUGUCUAUCAGCACACAGCGGCCGUGGUCAGCGCCAAGAGCUACCUGUGUCCCGUCUGUGGCCGAGCACUCAGCUCCCCGGGCUCCCUGGGCAGGCAUCUUCUCAUCCACUCUGAGGACCAGCUGUCCAACUGCGCAGUGUGUGGGGCGCGCUUUACCAGCCAUGCCACGUUCAACAGUGAGAAGGUGCCAGAGGUGUUGUGUGCAGAUGCCCUGCCCAUUCCUCUGCCCAAAGGGUCUUCUGGGGCUGAAGAGAAGACCCCUGCUCUUAGCUCCCCGGUGUAUCCUGCUGGUAUCCUCCUGGUGUGUAACAGCUGCGUGGCCUACCGCAAGCUCCUGGAGGCACAGUCGCCGGGCGUGCGCAAGUGGGCCUUGCGAAGGCAGAACGAGCCCCUGGAGGUGAGGUUGCAGCGAUUGGAACGAGAGCGCACCGCCAAGAAGAGUCGCCGAGACAACGAAUCGCCUGAGGAGCGAGAAGUGCGGCGCAUGAGGGACCGUGAGGCCAAGCGUUUGCAGCGCAUGCAGGAGACGGAUGAGCAGCGAGCACGCCGGCUGCAACGGGACCGGGAAGCUAUGCGCCUGAAACGUGCCAACGAGACCCCGGAGAAACGGCAGGCGCGGCUCAUCCGUGAGCGGGAAGCCAAGAGGCUGAAGCGGCGGCUGGAGAAGAUGGACAUGAUGCUGCGGGCCCAGUUUGGCCAGGAUCCCUCGGCAGUGGCUGCCCUGGCAGCAGAGAUCAACUUCUUCCCGCUGCCUGUGAGUGGCGUGGAGCUGGAUGGCCAGCUGCUCAGCAAAAUGGCCUUUGAGGAGCCGAGCCCUGGCACCCUGCAUGGAGCUGCUCCCUUGGACAAGACUGCUGGCAGCCCGGGAGCUGCCUUGGUGGUGGUGAUGGCUGCAGGGAUCCACGCUGGGCCCAGCUACGGUGGAUGGUGUGAGCUGCUCCAGGCCCGGCUACAGCAGCAGCGGACCCCAGGAGCAGCUCCCAGACACUGCUGCUGCCGCAGUGGGGCUCAAAGGAAGCAGCCAACAACAAAAGAAAGCAAAGCUUGA